AUGCGUGAGCGUUUCUCUACUGAAGACAGCAAUAAUUCUUCUACGGAAUUUGGUUGCUCAGUGCAUGAACUUCAGGGACUUAUGCAGUUGCGUGGAGCUGAAGCAGUAGAAGUUGUGGAUAAAAGAUUUGGUGGAGCUUCUGGAUUGUGCAAGCGUCUUAAAACCUCUCCAACUCAAGGAUUAUCAAGUCAUGAUUUGGCAAAACGUCGUGAAGUCUUCGGGACCAAUAUAAUACCCCCAACACCUCCAAAAAGUUUUUUUCAACUUAUGUGGGAAGCUUUACAGGAUGUAACAUUGAUUGUUUUAAUGGUGGCUGCAGGUGUAUCACUUUUACUGGCAUUAUAUUCUAAAUAUUUUGGUGGAGAUCAUAGUUCCGGUGAUGAGAGUGAAGGUGAAGUUAGUUGGAUUGAAGGUGUUGCUAUACUUUGUGCUGUUUUGGUUGUAGUUUUAGUAACAGCAACAAAUGAUUGGCAGAAAGAAAAACAAUUUCGUGGUUUACAAGAUAAAAUUGAAUCAGACCAUAAAAUGUCUGUUUUACGAGAUGGUGAUAUUACAGAAGUACUAGUUGGUGAUAUUGUUGUUGGUGAUAUAUGUUUAGUUAAAUAUGGUGAUCUACUGCCUGCUGAUGGAGUAAUUCUUCAAAGUAAUGAUUUAAAGGUUGAUGAAAGCUCAUUAACUGGUGAACCGGAUCAAGUGAAGAAAGGUGAAAACAUUGAUCCAAUGUUAUUAUCAGGUACACAUGUUAUGGAAGGUUCUGGUAAAAUGGUUGUUACAGCUGUUGGAGUAAAUUCACAAGCUGGUAUUAUAUUUACAUUGUUAGGUGCAACUGAAGGAGACAGUUCAACUGCUGCACCACCGCCUCCAAUUAAUUUAACUAAUGCUAAUGAGAUGACACAAAUUUCAAGGAAUACAAAUCCAAACUAUGAUACAGAUAGUAAACAACAACAUGAAAUAAAUAAAAAUCCUAAUGAUCAAUCUAAUGGUAAUAAACAUUCAAUUAAAGGAAGUGGCCAUGUUGCUUUCAGUGGUACAUCUGAAGUUGUGGGACCAGGUAAAAAUAAAUCGGCAGCCACAGGUGGUCGUAUUGAAAAUCAUCAACAUGAUAAUUUAAAUCAGCGUAACAGUUUAGGUAGUGGAGAUGCAGAGGCUACUGAAGAUAGCAGUGAUGCACCUAAAGGUCGUAAACGAAGAAAGAAAAAGUAUUCAGUGCUUCAAGCGAAGUUAACUCGUUUAGCCAGCUUAAUUGGACAACUGGGUACCGUUGUGGCUAGUUUAACAGUAAUAAUAUUAAUUGUAAAAUUUUCUGUCACUACAUUUUAUUUUAACAAAGAACACUGGGAUACAGGCAGACAUUUACAUCAAUUUGUACAGUUUAUUAUUAUUGGUGUAACAGUACUUGUGGUUGCUGUGCCCGAAGGACUUCCAUUAGCUGUAACUAUUUCAUUAGCCUAUUCUGUCAAGAAAAUGAUGAAGGACAAUAAUCUUGUACGACAUUUGGAUGCAUGUGAAACAAUGGGUAAUGCAACAGCUAUCUGUUCUGACAAAACAGGCACUUUAACAACAAAUCGUAUGACGGUUGUUCAAUGUUAUUUUGGUGAGAAAUUAACCCAAAACACUGAUCAAUUACCAAAAUUGAAAGAUUUAAAUCAUAGAAUUGGACACAGAUUUGUGCAUGGUGUCGCAAUUAACAGUAGUUAUACAUCACGUGUGAUUAUUCCAGACAAACCAGGUGAAUUACCACAACAACUGGGAAAUAAAACUGAAUGUGCUUUGCUUGGAUUUGUACGCCAUUUAGGCGUAAAUUAUGAGGACAUACGAGAACGGUGGCCACAAGAAAGUUUAGUGAAAGUAUUCACAUUUAAUUCUUUACGAAAGUCAAUGAGUACAGUGAUUAAAAACUUGGAACCUGAUAGGCCAGGUUAUACUGUUUUCACUAAAGGUGCUUCCGAAAUGGUUUUAAAAAAAUGUAGUUUCAUCUUGGAUGCUAAUGGUGAACCUAAACCAUUUAGUAAAUCUCAUCAAGAUAAUUUAGUUCGAGAUGUAAUUGAACAAAUGGCUAGUGAUGGACUACGUACCAUAGGUAUUGCAUACAAAAGUUAUAUAGAUCCUACUGUUGGGCUAUUUUCGAAUGAGGUCCCUCUAAAUCGUGGACAGACACCUGAUUUUGAUGAUGAAGAUACUAUCGUCUCUGAUUUAACAUGUAUUGGAAUAGUCGGAAUUGAAGAUCCUGUACGACCAGAGGUUCCCGCAGCUAUAAGAAAGUGUCAACGCGCUGGGAUCACUGUACGUAUGGUAACCGGUGAUAAUGUCAACACAGCGAGAUCGAUAGCUGCUAAGUGUGGCAUUCUUAAACCAGGUGAUAACUAUAUUGUGUUAGAAGGAAAAGAAUUCAAUGCUCGUGUACGUGAUCCACGUACAAAUCGUGUUAGACAAGAUUUAAUGGACCAAGUAUGGCCACAGUUAAGAGUUCUUGCACGUUCUUCACCACAGGAUAAAUAUACUUUAGUAAGUGGGAUUAUAGACAGUCAUAUUUCAACUCGUCGUGAAGUUGUUGCUGUAACUGGAGAUGGCACAAAUGAUGGACCUGCAUUGAAAAAGGCUGAUGUUGGUUUCGCUAUGGGUAUAGCAGGAACAGAUGUUGCAAAAGAAGCUUCAGAUAUUAUAUUAACAGAUGAUAACUUUACAAGUAUCGUUAAAGCUGUUAUGUGGGGAAGAAAUGUAUAUGAUUCUAUUUCAAAGUUUCUUCAAUUUCAACUAACUGUUAACAUGGUUGCUAUUAUAGUUGCAUUUGUUGGUGCGUGUCUAAUAACUGAUAGCCCACUUAAGGCUGUUCAAAUGUUAUGGGUCAAUUUAAUCAUGGACACUUUGGCGUCAUUAGCCUUGGCGACCGAAAUACCAACAGAAGAGUUACUUGAACGAGCUCCAUAUGGUAGAACAAAGCCUAUUAUCAGUCGUAAUAUGAUUAAAAAUAUCAUCGGGCAGUCUAUUUAUCAACUAAGUGUUAUUUUCUUUCUAAUAUGGUUCGGUGAAUUACUGUUAGAUGUUGAAAAUGGUCGUGGUUUAAGUGCUAAAGGUAUAAAUCGUCCAACAGAACAUUUUACUGUGAUAUUCAAUUCAUUUGUUAUGAUGACAUUAUUUAAUGAAAUUAAUGCUAGAAAAAUUCAUGGACAGCGAAAUAUAUUCUCUGGAUUAACUAACAAUUUAUUAUUUGUUAUAAUUUGGAUUUCGACAUUUAUACUACAAGUUGUAAUUAUUCAGUUUGGUGGCUAUGCAUUUAGCACACGGCCAUUAGCUUUAGAACAUUGGUUAUGGUGUUUAUUUUUUGGAAUAGGCACUCUACUCUGGGGUCAGGUCAUUAUUUCAAUACCAGUAUGGAUAAUACCAAAGAGAAAACGUAGAAUAGCCAAGUCAAGACGUUUAACAUUAAUUGCAACACAAGAUGCAUUGGGAAUGGAAACAGACGGUCUAGUUACUCAAGAUUUUGCACAUCCACAACUUGCAGAUGGUGGUGUGGUGCAUAGAGCUAGUACAGGUUUUGUUAGUAAAGCGGCAAAUGCGGUUGCUCGUGGUUUUGGUGCAAUUUAUACACAACCUGAAGGUGAGGAAGAAGAAGAAGAGGAAGAGGAAGAUGAAGAAGAAGAUGAUGAAGAUAGAGAGGAUAUAGUUGGUGCCAAUCUACGUAAUACUGGCCAAAUAUUAUGGAUUCGAGGCUUAUCAAGAUUACAAACACAGUUGAAAGUUGUACAUGCUUUUCGAGAUCAACGGGAUUCAGAAGAUGAACGUGCGAAUAUAGCAGCGUUAAUGCAUCAUCAUCGUUCAUCAAAAGAUGUCUUACAACCAACAUCAAAGAAAAGAAGAAAAUCACAGCAACCAUAUAAGAAUAAUAAUGACAAUAAUAAUAUUAAUUCACAUCAACAAUCCCAUCGUUACCACCACCACCAACAGCGACGACAACAACUUCAACUAACAGAUUCCACAGACUUUUCUCCUACUUUCCCAGUUACAUCAAAUAAGUUAGGAGAAAAAAUUGCAGAAGGAAAUCCACUGUUAAUUUUAGAGCUAACUAAUGAUGAAGAAAAGUAUCAUGAUAGCAAUCAGCAUUGUGAUAUCAACGAUGAUGGUAAUAAUAUCAAUGUUAACACCAGUAAACAAAGACAAGAUAAUGAUCAGGAAAGUACACUUGCCGAAGUAACAACAAUGAAACGCAAGAAGAAUAAUGAUGAUAAACAGUUUAAAGAAACUGGUUAUGAAAUUUCAAAGGAAACUACAGACAAUAUGAUAAAUCCAGAUCUUGAAGAAUGGAUUAAAUCGAGUUGGUUACAUGAUUCAAGUGGGCAAGAAAACAUAAGCUGUACUGUGCCAGAAUCAUCAUAUAAUAUGGGAAAUAAUUUUCAACAACAAAAUAAUCCUUCAGCAUGUACAUUUGAGAGUCAAGAUUCAAAUACCGUUGUAGUUGGAAGAAAUCAACAUUCAAAUCGGCCGCAUAAACAAAGAAGAUCAAGUAAACCACCUGCUCCGCCACCUCCAUUUAAACAACCAUUUAGUACAGCUACCUCAGACAGCUCUAAUUUACUUUAA